CCCCGCAGUGAGUAUGCCUGCCGUCUCUUUGUACCUGUGCUGCUGCUGCUGCGCUAGCGCCUUGUUCUGUAUCAGCGCAGCCGCGUUCAGUGAGCCGGAGCGCUGCGGGCAGCAGUGGCUCAGCCACUAUUCGGAUACAUUAAACAUGGAUUUUCUGGGUACUUCAAAUGUUAAUUUUGCUGUUGACCUCUUCAAACAGUUGAAUAAAAAAGAUAAAGAUGGCAAUAUCUUUGUAUCUCCAUUAAGUAUCUCAACUGCUCUGGCUAUGGUGUAUCUUGGUGCUAAAGGAAACACUGCAGCUCAAAUGGCUAAGGUGCUUGCCUUUGAUAAAGUACAAGACCUUCAUUCUGAAUUUCAGAAACUGCAAGCUGUAAUAAACAAGCCUAAUUCAAACUAUCUGUUGAAGCUAGCCAAUCGCCUCUAUGGGGAAAAGACCUUCAACUUUCUUUCGGAUUUCCUUGAGGCCACUGUGAAGUACUAUCAGGCAGAGUUAGCUGCUGUUGAUUUUAUCAAUACAGCAGAAGAAGCUAGACAACAGAUCAAUGCCUGGACUGAAGCACAGACUGAAGGCAAGAUCAAGAACUUGCUACCUAAAGAAACUGUUGACCGUGACACCAGGCUUGUCCUUGUGAAUGCCAUUUAUUUUAAAGGAAACUGGGAGAAGAAAUUCCUAGAAGGAAAUACCCACGAAGGACCAUUCCUAAUAAAUCAGAAUGAAACUAAACCAGUGCAAAUGAUGUACCAAAAGGCCAAGUUUAAUAUGGCCUACAUUCAUGAAAUUAAGGCCAAGGUACUCGAGCUCCCCUAUGUCCAGAGUGAGCUGAGUAUGAUCAUCCUGUUGCCAGAUUUGGAAGACAAUGCCAAUGGGCUGGAAAACCUUCAAAAUCAACUCACCUUUGAUAAUCUGAUGGAUUGGACCAACCCAGAAAAUAUGGGUAAUGUGGAGGUGAAAGUUAUGCUGCCCAAAUUCAAGCUGGAGGAGAAAUAUGACCUUGAAUCAACCCUUACCCUUAUGGGGAUGGUAGAUGCUUUUACUACUUUACAAGCUAACUUCUCUGGGAUGGCUGAGGGAAAUGAUCUGUUUUUGUCAAAAGUUGUUCAUAAAGCUUUUGUAGAAGUUAAUGAAGAAGGCACUGAAGCAGCUGCUGCCACAGCGGCUAUCAUUAUGUUGCGAAGUGCAAUAAUUACACAGGAGUUUGUGGCUGAUCACCCAUUCUUGUUCUUCAUUAGGCACAACCCAACGCGCAACAUUUUGUUUUUUGGGAGGUUCUCCUCCCCUUAAAACAAUGCCUUGAGCUGCAGCUAUUGCCACCCAACCCUGCUCAGACCAAUUUUAUAAAGUCUAAACAAGUGGUUUUCCAACUAUGCUGAACAGAACCUUUGACAAUCUAAUGCAUUUCUCUGAAUCUACAAGGUACUUAACUAGAGUGGACAUUUAAUGGAAGUUGAAAGAGAGGGUAGAAUGAAAUAAAAUGCAUAUUGAUUUUUAAUCAAGUCAUAAAAUUACUGUUGUUUUAUCUAAUACACUUCCAGAACUGAACAGGAAGAUUAAAAGUCUUACUAGAGGGGCCAUGUUGCAAAUCACAUUGCCUCGUAUCGUUUGGUAUGGCAAAGAAUCUAUGAUAGUGGGGGAGGGUUCUAAUACAGAAGUUUGAAAAACCAUUUUGUCCGGACAUUUAAUUAAAAAUAACCAAAGGCUGUCUUCAUUUAUGCAAUGUAACAAGAGGACCAAAGUAAUGUGACUUUGAUUUUAAUUUUAACUUUUCAUCCUAUCUGGCUCAAUAAUGCUUUAUUCCAAAACUAAAUACAGCAUCUUAAUUAAUCAAGGCAGAUGAUACACACACACACUUCAAACCCUAUUAAAGCAUUUAACAGUUUCUUUUAUGGUUUGAGUUGUUAUUUCACUAUUGUAUCUGAGGCUUCCUUCCAAUUUUGCUCAGUUUGUGAUUACUUUCCUAAAUGUACCAUUUUUCCCAACUUAGACCUGUAUCCCCAUUUCCUAUUCACCACUUUAAAUAAAAAUCAUAUUCUAGAUUAACCUUUUCUGUUCUCUUAACCGUAUUGUACACUUCUCAGAUCACUUUGGAUUGUUUCUGUCCAGACUUGAAGCACUUCGAUUUUUGAAGAUUUUAAUAGUGCAGUGAUUGUAUGUAGGGGAAUGUGGUUUUACUGCAAAGACUGUUCAAAUUUCUGGAGAACAAUUUGUGUUUAUUAAUACCAAAAAAUAGUACAAUGUCUUGUUGUGUAUGCUGCCUUUGUUUGGCCUUAACCUAUAUGUUGAAGACUGCAAUUUUAAAAAAAAAUGUAUAAUUGAUGAUCUAUUGUAGCUGAUGGCAAAAUAAAAUGCUUUGCAUUUGC